GUUGUUUUUUUCUCUCUUAAAGUCCGGGCGGCCAUGUGAUUUCCUUCCAAAUAAAACCUUGAGUUGCAUUUGGGUUGCCAUACCUGUUGAUUGAGUUAUUUUACAUUGGUAUGCCUGUGGUGUGGACGGACGGUCGGUGUACGGUCACGUGAUUACCGAAUUUCCUCGGAUGGGUAGUUUACCACAUUUCCUUAGCUAUGGGGCUCCGUCCACGUGCAGCGCAAAGCGCCGCGUGUGGAACUCCGCUAUAACAUUUCUUGGUAGUUGUGUGUGUUCACUAUUCUGUGAGCCACUGCAGUUUACAUCAGGAAUUCCAAGGAAAAAUGCCAGCUUUUUACAUACUAAACAAUGUCCAUUAUGGCUCCACGUCUCCACUUUCACCCAUUUCAACCAACCCUGAACAAUUAGCAACAAUGCAACAGUCACACUUGCCUGGCACCAAAAAUCCUCACAUAGGCGUGAUACCACCAUAGCCAAGUAUACGCUCCUAUAGUGUCUUGUUCAGUCAACAAUUGGAAUAUUUUGGCUUUGUAUCCAUGUAGUCAAUUUCAAGAGCAUUCGUCCUUCCUGGACAUACAUGUGGCCCAUUUAGUAUAAAUAAGGAUAAUUAAAAGAACUGAGGCAUGUAUAAGGUACAUGACCUAUUUGGAAUGUCUAUAGAUUAUUGAUUACAAAAUUAUACACUUAAGUUCAUUAGGAUGCCACAUGUUAUUCAGCUUGCAAUAGUAAUUUAUCCUCACUGCGUAUCUAUUGUCGCAUCGCAGCAAACUAAGUUAUGGGACGAAUCCAUGACUGCCAUGGUCAUGUGGUCACUGCCACCAGGGGAGGUGGGAGGGGCAAAAAGCGUCUCCUUAAGGUAAUUCUGUCAAACUGCGAGAUUUCACGCAAAGGAUCGUAAGUUACCCCAAUUGUCAACAACUCUUGGGAUUAAAAGAAUGCAGGCAUGUUUGUGAGAUAUGCUCAUUAUAUAUGCUGUGAGAAAAGUAAUUUAUCCUCACUGCUUAUCUAUUGUGGCGUCAAGGCAAACUAAGUUAUGGAAUGAAUCUGCUUCUGACCCACCACAAUCGCUAUGCUAUGCCAGCAGCACAAGAAACUGCGACUGAACCACACAGCCAGAAAAAUGCCACACAACAGCUAAAAAUGCCAAACUACUAUAUUCCACAAUCGCUGAUCCUUAAGCCUCAAAACCUGGUUACAAGAGAGCCACCCUAAAUCCGAAGCUUUGUCUCCAGUAAAAAAAUCCACAACAAAGAAGGUGCGGUCCCUAACAAGGAUGCAGAUAUUGACAAUGGAGAGUGACGUGUUGGCUGCUAUUUUCCCCCUAAAGUGAAAGAGGAGCCUCUUAAACUUUAAGAAGAGCAGAGGAACCGCCUGCUAUGGGGUAUCGCGGAAUCUGCCUGCUCUUUCCUAGUAAAUUUCAGAUAUUCUUUCACCAGCGAAUGCGAGAGAGGGUUUGUAAAAUUGAUGCAGCCCAUCCGAUUAUAAAUAGCGUGCAGCUUCCCAAUGAGGGAGUCAACAGAACCGGCUGCCAAUCAGGAGGGGCACUGACACAAUUUCCUAUUACAUGUCUGCGAGUGAACGACUGUUCUGCCUGCCCUAUCUCUACUAAAAGGAAAUUUAACAAUAUCCUCGGAUGAACCUGAGGUAUGGACUUCAGGGUGGUAAGGGCGAUGAGGAAACUAAUCAAUUGUCCCUCCAGGGUGGACUUCUGUCUCUGAUAGGGUUUUUCACUGGACAAGGACCUAACUCCACAAAGUGGUUAUUAAUGGCUGUCAUGUCUAGGUCAGGCUGGGAGAUUGAAGGAACAGGGGUUCCUGUUGAAGCGCCACAUACUUGACAAAAAUUGGCAUUGCGGUUAUUUGGGUAUAGGCACGCAGCACACCGUUGGACUGCCUUCCAGGGGCACAAAACGUACAGAACGUAAACCAAAAAUUCAACAAAUGCAGCGAAACGCCCAAAGGUCACAUUGUAAUGGCUUGGGUAGCCAUUUCAGAGUUGCACCCGGUGGGAAAAGCAAGACCGAGGUAUCACUCUUUUCCCUAGCAAAAACUGAUCAAUGCUCGCAGCUUGCAGCAGCACCCGCCAGAACCGUCGGGGCUGAAUAUCCGGCACAAUUAUUGUAAAGGGGGGUGAUAAUGCUGGUCUAUGAAAAAUGGAGGAGCAGACCGAUGAGCAGGAAAGGCGGAAAAACAUAGAUAUUCUCCCCAAGAGGCAACUGCUGAGCAAACAUGCAGAUGCUGGAAGAUGCAGGGGUCUGGCAUAGCGAGAAAUGCGGAAGGAGACAGCCAAGCUGAUCAGUGUGGCAAUUACUAUCGAGCUACAUGAGAUCAAAUGCAUGCAGUCCAAACAUCCUUUGGACAAGGAUCAUGCUCCCUGCUCCAUGGCCAGGCUGAAGGACAGGGCCUUCCCAGCAAAAUGCUGGAGGGUCUUCAGCAUAACCGCCUUGGAGGUAAGAAUAUCCUCUCUUAGUGCCUUGAACUUGACUUCUUCCCCCCCCCGGUAGUAAGAAAACCUGCCGGACAGAAUCACAGAUAAACCCAAGGAAGGUGAUGAACGUGGAAGGAGAAAACGGACACUUGCUUAGACUGAUAAAAUAUCCGGCCUCAUUAAUGAUAGCCAUAAAGGCGACAAAGAACUGGCGCAAAAAUUGUCCGGGUUUUGAAAUCGAAGAUCACGCAAAACUCUAAGAGCCAGAUUUUGUGCCACCAUAGAAGGAGAAGCCAAGGGGCCGAUGAAAGGCCAGCUUCCAUUGAUAUUGCUACACCAAGCACAGAUCGCCUCCCUUGCGGGCCCUAAUUGCCUUGUCCAAUUUUCUCCUAAACGUAAAAUGGUUUACCGAAGAGGCAAGGCAAAAACGAAAGGGGAUAAGUGACAAGGUUACAAAAAGAAAAAAGAGGGAUGCCAACCCUUCGUUGACCCCACGCUCGGAACCAGGUCCAGAAAUGAGGUGCUGAGGAGGUCCUCCCAAGUUCAAUGAGGGUAGAGUGUUAAGACUCCCCCCCCACACACACACACACACACACACACACACACACAGGUACACUAUUUGCGGUCAACAGUAAGUAGAAAUAAAUAGAAUUAGGGGACACUUGAAACCUCAUCAAGAUUUACUGAAGAAAAUGUUUAAUUAAUCCUACCAAUGUUACAACUUCAAUACACUACAACCAAAAUGUAUGGGAAAGGUGCAAAUAUUAAAAGACACGCCAUUACACAAGGUAGGAACCCAACAAGCACAACAACAAACAUAAUGCUAAGUGUGAACAGGGGGCUAACUCUUCCCUCCCCUGAAACUGCCAUGGGAAGCAUGAUAAGUACACUGUGAGGUGCGCCGGUUGUAAAGACACUCACACCAAGGGGCCAAAGCGAUUCCAAUUUAAACACCGAAUGUUCCCAUAACGUCCUUGGAUGAGUGUAACGGAGAUUUGCAUGCGAUGGGGCAGCCAACAAGGCCUUAGAAGAAGAUUUGAGGAUGGAAGCGGCUUCUUUUUCCACCUUCACCCAAACUGGGUCACCCAGUAGACCAAUAAGAAGUCUCUGUAAUGACUCCUUGUCCAACUGGUCCGUUCUGGCCCUAACUUCAUCAAAAGCCGCCGUGUAUUCCUCCACCUUCUAGUGCGCUUCAUUUCUGGAGGGGCGGACCAAGGAUUGCUGUAGUUCAACAGCGGCAUAACAAUCAAACAUGCUCAGAGGGUGGUUAAGGUGCGAAGAGCAACUAAAGCAUCCUCUGUACUUCUAUGCUCCUUCUCAUUCUCCAAAGUCUUUAAUUUUCUCUCGAGCACCUGAAUACUGCCAAGCAGCUAAAAACGGGAGUAAAUAUUACAAAAUGAGAGUCCAACCUCUGGUAAGCACUACAGCAGACCUGCGCCUGUAAAUUCAGGACAUUCCAAACAACCCCUCCAUUCAUGGGACACAGUUACUAAAGCUAACACACCAUCUCCUGAAAUCGUCUUGUGUCCCGUUGUUGACCCGGUUUUGUCUAUUCCAUCACCUUAAUCAUUUUCAUUUUUUUUCACACCUCUUUCCCUUCCUCUUUGUUUUGUAACCCUCUACCAGAGUAGAGUUUAUGCAUCAUUUUCUCACUUUUUAAAUUUUCCUGACACAGCCCUAAAAUUUGGCACGUACUGUUUUCAAUCAAACCUUGCCAACGUAGCAAUUACUCAAUUUUAGGUAGAUGAUACGAAAUUUUUUUACAAUUUUGAAAAAACCAAUGGUUUGAUAGGUCUUCGAAAAAAAGGAAAAUUGCUACUAAAGACCGAGCAAAUUCGUAGUAUUUUCAUUUUUACCAGACCAUUAAUUUACGAAUCUUUCUUGUUGUUAGCUACAUCUUUAACAAGACUUGAAACAUGAAGAUUUUUUGGAAGUGCCCGCAAUAGUUUUUAGUUAAAAUUCUCUUUGGGGGGGUAUUUUCCAAGGAUUGUUGUUUGUAACUGGCUUCGCAUAAUGGUUUACCGACUUUUUACCUGUUGUGAGCUGUUUUUUUAACAUUUGAAGCAUUUACCGCCUAAAGUUUCAUUCGCAGCAAAUAGCCAUUUGGGUCGCCAGUACCCUUUUACCCUUUGUUGAGGAAAAUGUACUUUUCAUUGUGAAAAACACAUUUCAGACAAAACGUCGAUCACGAAGGAUAUUCCCCAUAGCUGUAUUUUCCUUUUGUUUAUCUCAUAUGUUUAUUACACACGUUGUCACUGACAUUUUUGUUCUUUAUUAUUCAUUUUUAUUUUACUAUGCAAUUUUUAUGGGCAUGGAUUAGUCGUACUGAGACAGUGAGAGUUACUUUUUCGCAAUAUUCACCUGCGUGCAAAAAGGAACCUGCGGAUAGCCAUCCAAACUUUUGUUUUUUAGCAAAUGGCCCUUUUUUCUGCCCGCACGCGCAGGAUCAGUGUGUCAUUCUGAAGAGAACGCAUUUUGCAGUGCCACCACUAAACACGCUGUCAGAUAAAAAUAAUUUUAACUUUUUACUAUCUAAUUUGCUCCAUGACUGAAAUCACAAGAGUUUUACAUUAAUUUACUUUUUAAUAUAAAACAUUGUUUUCGGUCGUGUGAUAAAUCCUACCAAAUCUGCCCAAGCCUUGCAGGGCUGUCAAUAAGGACCAUUAGCUAGCCAAAACCGCCGGCUAGAUAGCCAUCCUUAGCCGGCUUCUUUCAUCUCCUUCUACCAUAACUGCUAACAAAAAAUAAGCACCUUCGAAUAAAAUUGUAAAGCAUGUGUUUCCCAGUUUUGAAUGACAUUGAAUGUGUAUUUAAACAGGUUUAGAUCUAUGAAACAUUCAAGCAGUGCGAUGUCGUGGAACACCUGGGAUAUUUUGACAGCAUUGUUCCCAGUCUUGUGUGUAUUCUGACGAAACAACAUGGUGUCCACGGUGGAAAAAACCUCUUGAAAACCUGGAAACUCUAUUUCCGAGACUCUAGAUUUCAAAAUGUCCCCAGACUCCUCGACCCUCAAGAACUUGUGCCUUUGGUGCGAGUUCCAAAGCCACCUACUAUUCAUUAUCAGCCUGCUCCUUAAGAGCGGUUUUCUGUAAGGACCGACUAAGGGUAUGCAAGAUAGAAAAAUCCGAUUUUCCCAAACUUUGCCAGAAAGAAGGCCUUGAUGAACUGUUUCUGAAAAUAUAAGUUUCGGGUCGUUUGGGGUUUUACUUAUUUUUUAGUGAAUUUUUUAAAUUUUGACCGUUAACGCCGGCUUUAAUCACCCCGAAAUAUGCACUUUUGAAGAAGCUCCCAUUAAUACCUUGAAACCUUUCAUAAAAAGAUUAACCAAGCAAAUCAAACUAUCGUCUUUUCUCAGAUUAUCGGUGUCGUCAAAUGCAAAUAAAAUGUAAACGUGAAAAUUUGACAGAUUUUCUAAUUUUACACCUUUCAAUGGUGAUUACAACAACAGUAUUUUGGCUAAAUUCAAGGCCUAAAAAAGCACUCUGGUACAUCGCUUUGACCAACAAAACUAUACUACGAGGAAAUAUUAUCAUUUACACUAAACAUCGAUGAAAAAAAAAAUUGGGGUAAAUGAAACGGCGAGUUCUGAGAGCGUUUUCAAAAUGGGUUACCUGGGCCAUUUUUGAGCGAAUUUUUGAACUUGGAACGGUUCCAAAUUAGUGGAAAUAGAAACCCAGAGCUCUUUAACUCCGAUUUUCCUUUGCAUGAUGAAGCCUGUUUCCUCAUUUCUAGCAUAUUACCAAUUAAGGAUACUAGUCUUUUCAAUUUCUGGUACUGUAUUCCCUAAAAAAGAGAAUUUGGAAAGUCAAAAUAUGAGUUUGCUCAGGCGUUUGCGGUUUGUUUACCAGUGAAGUAGAAAUCGAUUGUCUUUGUACUUACAACACAAAUAGGUGAUCAGCUACAAGGUUAAUCAAUUCACCAAUUGCUUAUAAAAUACUUCCUACCUUACAGAUCUUUUCCUGGAUCGAAACCACAGCACUCAUUAGAUAAGUACGAAGAGAUCAUCGAACUCGCGCGCUAACACAAUUUGCAUAAAAACAACUGACCAUGAAACGCCACAGUACACCCAGUCAAGUGUAUUCCGGAACCGCAAGUCUCAUUAUAUUUUUAGCAAUAUUGCGUGUUUUGUACUAUACUGACAAAAGGCACGGGAUAUUUCUAUAAUAGAUACUUAAGUGUUAGGAUAAUUCCUAAAUAAUCGUACUUACCCUGAAUAGUGCUGGGUAAAGUCUCUGAGACUCAAGGUAAAAACGACGCGCAGGAAUAACGGACCCCGGGGGUACUCCCUUAUAUGUGCCGCUGGACCGGGUAUGGUUUUUGAACUCUCUGUUCUAAACAGGGUAUAUCAUAAACAGAGUAUGUAUUUUGCAAUUUGUUUCUCCUAAACAGGGUCAGGGUUUCAAAUCCUCAGCGGCUCACAUAUACCCUAGUAUUGGUCGAGUAACCCCCGGGUUACGGACCCACAAAGACAAAUUAAACAAAACUUGUAUGGAUCGAUUCCUUUCUUUCGUUGUCAGCAAAAUCCUGUAAGAAUUAAGGGAAAAUCUAACAUCGGGUAGAUGAGCGCAGAUUUAGGAAGCGCUCGUUAAAUUAACAAUGUUUCUCUCACAUCUGCUCUUAGUCUUAUACGAUCAUAACGCUUCCCGUUAAUUCUACGUAUAAACAUCGUCAGUUUAAGUGAUUAUAAUACGAGUCAAGUUAUCGCUUUGCUUAGAAGUAGUAAUUGUAAUAAUACAAUUAUUUUCGAACAAAACAAUAGAUUUUAAGAUCCGACGACACGGUCCGCGGAGCGAAGGGGGGAGGGGGGAUUGCGCAAAAUUAGGAAUGCGCAAAAGUAUGAGGUCACCAGUAGGUACAAGUUUAGAAAGAGGUCAGCGUGUACAUAAAAAAACUGGAACUGAAGCUUUUUUAUACGUGAUGAAUCUGACCAGCUAAAAUAAACUAGGUGGGACAUUUUUUUUCCAACCAUCUCGAAAAACGAGAUGCGGCCCCUCCUGACAACUGUUAUCCAAACUGUUAACAGUAAUUUGACUCUUAGGCGUUACAGCCGCACCCUUUUACUAGAUCCCCUAACGCGGCAAGGUACUCUGCCUUGCGCCUUGGGUUAAAUUCUUCCGUGCAGAUAUCAAAAUACUCGCAUAUGUUCUUCAGCAUUGCAAUGCUGAGUGUUUUCAUGUUACCUUUCUUGGUCAAUUCGCAAAGGUUUAGGUUGUCAUAAGCGAUGGGAUGUUCUAGCUGUACUUCCUCUAACACAGCCUGGCGGGUGUCGCAAAACUCUUGUUCAUCCUGAGAAGCUUGUAAAUCUGAGUCGCUAACCUCUACAGCGUGACGCAACUUGCACGAUAAUCUUGAAAAGAAAGACUGUAUCUGCUGCGAGGUAAGAAACUCAUCACUCGAAAACAGCCUCGAACCAUCUGUUUUUUUCGCAAAACGCAUAUCUCUCGCCACUUUCUCAGGGUUUUGUUUGUGGCCUGUUUGCUGUCCAAGCUCAAAUUUUUCCUCCAGGUACUUUCUUUGUGAUUCGUUAAACCGUGACGACUUCUUUGCAGUUUUCAAUGCCCAACCCUCAGGUAAACUGACACCGUGCUUCUUCUCCGUUUCCCUUCCUUCAAAUACUUUUGCAAUGCCAAUAUCGUCCUGAAGGAUAGCGUGGUACGUUAAUUUAGCCCUGUCCAACAAAGUCUCUUUCUCCGGAAUCAACUCGCAUUUGCCAAACGACAUAUGCCUUUCGAGACUCGAGUAUCUCUCGUAUACCUUGAUGCAACCUUCAUUUGGGCAGGAGAACAAGACACAAGAGUCUUUCGUUUCUUCUACUGCCAUCGUUUCAUUGGGUCUUGGUUUCUUUGAGGCUUCCUUGGAUGCUUUUACAAAGUCACCAGGGGAAAAUCGGCAAGUAAAUUUGCAGCUUUGUAAGACAUCAGCAACUAAAAAAGCGAACAUUGAAAUGGAAGUCUUUUUUAAUUUCAGAUGAAACGUUUUUCGCGUCUUUUAAAGGUUUGUUAAUUUAUCAUGUACACAACUGACUGAGUUGUCUAUAGUAGCCAUUAGUAUAGACUCUCUUAUACUCUGUUAAUAUUGCCCGUUAUCCGUAAUUAUUAGCUGACUAAGUCAGUGAGUAUUUGCAACACUCCAAUACAGUACAUUUAUAUAUCACUAUGCCCGUAUAUUUUUUUUACCUUGAACUUUCGUUUGGCUGAUCUCCCUUCCAUUUCCGACGUUGAAAGCUCUCCAAACUGUCAACUUGUCUUUGCAGUACUCAAAGUUGUUUAAUGUGCUGAUACCAUCGAGUUUUACUUGAGGCAGUUCACAGGCGGAAACGGCAGCAUUAACAACAGUAACGCGAACCCCGGUGACACCUCCAUUAGACAGGAUAGCUGUCUGAAGCUGUUCAGCAUUUUGCACGUCGUGGCCCUCAUUUACAUACCUGCGGACAUGGGCCUUGAUAGUCGCGGCUUUUCGGUCACAAGCCCCCUUGCCUCCUUGAGGGUCACUGAAAUCUACUCUGCAAACGUCUAUCCCAGUGUUUGCCUUCAUUAGGGUGCAUGAUGCUAUUACAGCAGAACUGUGAUAACAUCCCGCGUUAUCUUGCCGUAGAAAUGCUCUGUUGAUUCUAGGAUUCUCCUCUUUCAGCGACCUUAAGGUGUGCUCAAUAAUUCGCACUACAACUGAGCUGUCUUGUGAUGUAUUCUCAACUAUGUGGACGAAGGACUGACUUUCUAAAAGCCCUCUCAUUUUUCUUGCGAUGACACUUAUAUGCCACGAUAUUCCUCGUUUCCCGUACCAAUCUGAUUGGUUUUCUCUAUAUUUGAGCGGUAAAAACUUCAUAGCCCAAUCUUGUGUUAUGAGUACAGAGGUCUCAUCUAAAGCGCUCAAGCACGCCGUCCUUGCUGUAUCUUGCCUGACACACCUGAGUUGAUGUGCUUUCCAGGAGUGGAUUGCCUGGACUGCAUGACUAUGCGUGUACAAGACGUCUUCUAGUUCUUCAGGUACAAACGUUGACUCAGUCAAGAAUGUUUUAAUUGAAAAAAGAACAUUACUGAGACUUUCACACUGUGAACACUGAAUGUCAUGAUUAUGAGAGCAUUGGGAUCUUAGUUCAUCGUCCUUACUAUCGCUGAGAGCGUAUCCGCUGCAAUGGUCUGCAACCGAGGAGGACUCGGAUACAUGAACCUUCAAAAAAGACAAAGUAGUAAAUUUAGUGACCGUUUGAAGUUUCUGAGCUUUCAUCUAUUGUACGCGCAAUAUUUUUGCCAAGUUUGGUUAAAGCAAUUAGAAAAUAUGAAUCUUUGGCAGAAUAAAGUACACACCUAGCAAGGCGAAGACGGUCGCCAGUAUAGAGAACGGUGUUCUCUUGCCCAACAAUUGUAUAAUUAGUUUGGAAAAGAACCCACCGGAUUUAAUUAAGCCCUCACGACAAAGUUAACAGAUUUUGCCAUUUUGCCAGUCUCGUGGCAGUUCGUUAUAUAUUCCGGUUUACUUUCAGUUAACCAUGUUUUAAACCGUAUCUGAUACCUUAUAAUCAGCCUUCAGAUACUGCUUGCCUUCCCUCAGAGACACUUUCCAUUUUUUGGCAGUCUCUCUGUCCAGACCUCUCUCUUUAAGUUGGUCCACUAUUCCACACAAAGCUUCAAACCCUUUCGCGCCAUCCGAAGCAAUGUAGUCGAGCCCUUGCAAGGACUUCCUUACGGUCGCCCCGCAGGCAGACAGGACUCUUAACAUCGUUGUUGGGCUGAAUGGAGUGAAAUUCGUCUCCUCGCAAUAAGCCUGGUACUGCUUUACUAGCCUGUUAGGGAUCAUCGCCCUAAUGACAUUUGGGGUUUCUAGUAUCUUUCCAGAAGAUAGGCGGAGAUAUCGCUGCCCAAAAGGAAGAUCCUGGAUCACGUGCGGGCUAGUUAUGUAAGUCAAAAAGUGAUCCAACUGUUUAUUUUCUACUCUCAUCCUAGGACUUUUUGCUCGGGCUGGCAAGGCACCCCGCCCAUAUUGAAGAGAGUGCUGUCUUGCCAUUUUGAACCGGUAUUUGGUGAUCCCUGGAAUGUAGUUUAGGAUACGCUUAAACGUUAUCAGGUCUGCCAUGAUUGAUAAUAUCUGACGCCUUGUUUCCCAGGUAGAUGCGUUUUGGUAAGACUCCGCCAGUGCCUUUAGAUAUUUUCGGUCUUCUUGUCGUUCACCGAUGCCAAGUACCUUCUCGACUGAGCCAGAUUUUUUCACGGCCUCCCAGAGGUAGCCUGCGUCUCCUGGAGCAAUAACGUUAAGGCCAGAAACAAUAACUGACUUCGCCUUUGACACAUGGCUUGCUCUAGUACGUUCGCUGGCUGCCUCCCAUCGCUUUUUGUAUGACCCGACUGUAUGAGCGUUACAUGAACGUAAGAAAUCGUUCAACAGAGAACGUCUUGUUACUUGACUACUAAUUUGUGGAUCAUCGCCGUUAGAACUCUCGCUGCUGCUGCUCGCUUGAGAGUCCGUUUGAUACAGGCUAGUGUCGAUCUCGGAGUAGUGUCCUGAUUCGUCAAGCUGUGGAUGAGAGUAUUCGUCUCUUAAGGUCAGCUGGUGCAUUGACUGGCUAACGUUGUCUUCAACUUCUUCACUCUCCACAUCUUCUCUCUGUACGCGUUAGAAAGGAAAAUGAACUAGUUAGCGCAGAAAAAUAUAUAAACUCGAUGUCGCCGCUGUAGAGCGAAUGACUUUUUUUAACGGCGUACAUAUCACCACUGCAAUGAUAUGUAAGUGUUCUCGCAUCAAUACAUGAUAUAAAGGAGUAGUAUGCAAGGAGGCUGGGGUCAUCAAAAGGGAAGGGGAGGAAAACUCGCCUUUUGCUGAACCUCACUAAACUAUUAAAAGCCACUCGGACAAGGUUAUAAUCUGUUAUGUUCAUGCCAUAGCUAUACAAUAUAGCUCUAUCUACCUGUGCGAUAUUUUGUGAUAUCCGCUCUUCCGGUUUGUCUACGUUAGAUCCUAAAGCUUCUGUGGUCGAUUCUGAGCUGGGAAAUACUAAUAACUGUGAUGCUUCUUCCAACUUUCUCCUGCAUUGCUUGCAGAUUUCUGGAAAAAAUAAUGGAUUGCAGAACAUUACUCAGAAAAUCUGUGCCAAACUCUUAUAGCUUCUGUUUUUGCUCAUGAUGCUCUUAGUUUUUGAAAUAUUGCAGCUAUGUGUUGAAACUGUUCGGUAACACGUUUCUUGAUUUAAAGACUUUAGGGGGCGGGGGUAUAUCCGAUUAUGAAUUUAAAAAAAACAAAAAAUGGCAGUGGAGGAAAUUGAAACUGCCAUUUUUUUACGCUCUAAACCCGGCAAUGUUGUAAAAUAUCACUACAGGUUUAACACUCACGGGAGCCUACAGGAAGCAACACUUGGGUUUGCUGGUAGAGUAGCUUGGAAUGUAGAGACGAUAUUCCUCUCUCCCCUGACACUAAAGUUCCAUGCGAUGACCAUUCACUGGGAGCAGUGCAUAUCCUCUUACUUGAACGCCAUCUAAUGCCAAAUUUGUCUCGAUGUCUUGGGCAUAUUGUUAGUUCAAGGUGACUUUCGUUUAACUCAAAAAUCCCUUCAAAGAUAAAAAAAGGUUGUAAGGUGCCUUUUCCUUAACAAUUUUUAGCGUAUAUAUCACAGCGUCAUUCACAUUUUAUUCGCUUCUUCCACGUUUAUCGUUAAUUUAUGCACCAAAAGAUAAAUCAAAAGAUUUAUUUUUAAUUUUUCUUUGGACGUCCAGUCAUCCCAAAAGCAGUUUUUGUUCCUCUCUUUUUUAAAGUUCCUGUGAAACAAACAAGGCUGUAAUGCUCGCGAUAAAUCUGAGAUGGUUUAUAAAUGUAGGCAAUAUUAAUAAUUUUUUUUAAAUAAACUUCUCAACGCACUGAAGUAUUAAUGAUCAGGAAUAAGUUUAAAUUUUGCGUGUUCACUGAGAAACACGGAGGCUUUUACUUUUGCGUUUUGGCUCAGCUCAGAUGUUCUGAUAUUGAUCUUAAUUUGAUUAAGUCGGCUACUGCACGGGUUAAUUAUCACUCAUAUCUUUGUCAGUAAAAUUCAUUCUUGAAUAACACGCUAUGUGUUUUAGGAAUAUGUCUAAAAAUAUUUUAGCGUUGUAAGUUGCAAUCAUGGCCCUUAAUUAACGGGGUAAAAAUUGUAUAUGAAAUGCAGUAAAAUGAGAAGUACACGACAUUAAACAAUCAAAGCAGGUGCUGAGCGUCACGCUUCAUUAAGCCUUCCUUUCAAGUCAUUUUCCGCGUUACCCUUGUAACUAAACCUUGAACAUCGUCCAGUUUUAUUUAGUGUGUAAAUUAUGGACAAUAAUUAAAAUCUACAGGCUGCAGACGUAGGAAAACUAGUGAUGUUUCGAUAAAUUUGCGGACACCUUUCAAAAUAUAAAAACAGUCUGAAGGCAGAUCACGAUGCAGCUAAAUUACAUUUAGUUUUAGUCUCAUACCGAUUCUUCUUGAUGUAAAAAGAUUGGGAGGCGUUUAUUUUCCUUUCUUUAAAUUAUGCGUCUAUUUUUUCUUAUUUUUUUUUUUUAACGAUGGCCUGUUUAAUACAGACAUCUACCUUACGUACCUGCACGUGCCAACAACAGCUUUGGUUCAGAGUCUAAACUAGCGUCUCGAAUGUUGCAAGAACGUAGAUGCCCUUGUACGGCUUUUGUACACUUGGCGAGGAUCACGCUCUUCACAUUUUCCGGAUUGUCCACACUAGAACCACAUGUUCCUCCUGCAAUCUGCCCAUACUCACACGAAGCCAUUUGCAAGUACACAAUGACUGAAUGAAGUCAAUGAAUAAACUGCACUGUACAAAUUAACAGGUGCAAUUAAAGACAAAGAAGUAAGCCAGUGCUGCCUCUUCGGAAUGCGGGCUCUUCUCGAUUUACGGAGAACAACUCGAUAAUCCAGGAAAAAAGAUUUUUUUAUCAGUCCAAAACAAAAAAAAAUUGAACUACCAAAGAUGUCCCGACCUCUCCGCGACCAUAUCCAAUCCUGGGUGUCCUGUGGCAUUCAAUACUUGUUCAUGUUGCACGUUCAGGUGAUAUAUGCGCUCGGCGAUUUUUGUCAGGAACUUCCAUGAAUGCGGUUCUUUCUAUCCAAGAAAGCAUAGUCAAGUACCUCGCACAUUGAUUUACCUCGCAUUUGUUGCCGCAUUUGCGUUGUAUCAAUAGACUGGUACUACAGAGUCGGCGGUAGACAAAACUGACAUGUCUGAGCAAACUGUCUCUAAUUUCCAAUUUUACUAUUCCAAAUUAAUUGCAUGGCUCAAAAUUUAAAAGGUAAGUAUUUCUAAGUAAAAACAAACUGGUAGAGCCAAAAAAACGUCAUCACGCAAACAAAAGUCAGAGCUCAUGGCGUUUAUUUCCAUGAAUAUGAAAGGUCAAAGGUCACUCAUAAUUGAUAAAAUGACCUGUUUUGAAAUCGCGCUCAGAACUCGCCGUUUCAUUUACCCCAAUUUUUUUUUUCAUCGAUGUUUAGUUGAAAUGAUAAUAUUUCCUCGUAGUAUAGUUUUGUUGGUCAAAGCAAUGUACCAGAGUGCUUUUUUAGGCCUUGAAUUUAGCCAAAAUACUGUUGUUGUAAUCACCAUUGAAAGGUCUAAAAUUAGAAAAUCUGUCAAAUUUUCACGUUUACAUUUUAUUUGCAUUUGACGACACCGAUAAUCUGAGAAAAGACGAUAGUUUGAUUUGCUUGGUUAAUCUUUUUAUGAAAGGUUUCAAGGUAUUAAUGGGAGCUUCUUCAAAAGUGCAUAUUUCGGGGUGAUUAAAGCCGGCGUUAACGGCCAAAAUUUAAAAAAUUCGCUAAAAAAUAAGUAAAACCCCAAACGACCCGAAACUUAUAUUUUUAGAAACAGUUCACCAAGGCCUUCUUUCUGGCAAAGUUUGGGAAAAUCGGAUUUUUCUAUCUUGCAUACCCUUAGUCGGUCCUUACAGAAAACCGCUCUUAAAAACUUUUUGACAACCCUGGCCUUGUUUCUUUAAUGACACACUCAACGAUGGUAACACUUGACAGUGUGCUGUUGGAAAAAGAAGCGGAGACAAUAUCCAAACUUUUAGAAAACUCGUUAAAAACUAAUUAUUAUCAUUAUUUCUGUUGUACACAUUUUUGGCAUGGGAAUGGAUUGAGGCAGAGGCUACUUUUUACAUGCGUGUACAUGUUGCCAAAGAGUAACACUGCUGACAGCGUGUGUGGUCUUGCAGUCAGCAACUUGACAGAGAGGCAAAGGGUAGAAAAGCAAAACAAUCUCCAGGGACAACGUGGGCACUGAGAAAAAAAAUGAUGACUGUGAAUUCAAAAAAACUUCUUUUGACACUUAAUUGAUAGUUAAUAAUUAUACGAAUAAUUAAAUUGAUGGGACUCAAGAAAUGUUUCCUGGUUUUUCUCCGGUUCAUAAUUAUACUUACACUCACUUUUUUUUUUUCACUUUGCCAUUUUUCUCACUUUCUCGUCUGUUACCCGCUAUUUUGUUUUGUGUUCCUCUUCCUCGUUUUCCCUCCCAGCAAUCAACUCGAGUUCCAAAGACUUUUUAUUCUCCUUCACCCUCUGCCAGACAACUUCCCUCUUUGCUGCAUCACUUUCGAUCAUAUCUCUUGUGGUACUGAAGAGGAAACUCGCUUGCUCAUCCAAGAACUUUCUUCAGAACCUGGAAGAUUCAGUGGAAACAGAUGCCUUCAAAAUCUUUUCGGGUGGCGGUGGCGCUGCUGAGCUGAGAAAUCUCGCCACUUUCUCAUGACUUGCCUCUCCUUGAUUCGGGGGUUCAAUUGAUUCCAUGUGUUCUUUUCACAGUCCCCUGAGAUUUAAAACUCUUGCCUUAAUGGAACGAUCCUUGAGAAGGUCUUAUGAUGACAACUUUUCUGUCACUUUAGGUUCUUCAAUUGCUCCAGUCUCAAUGUCUUCACUAAAUAAACGCUUUAGCUGCUCCGUUUCUUCCACCGACCAUGGUUUUCCUUUGAUUUCUUCCUUUCUGUCUAAAUGAGCCUCAUAAAUCUUGGCAGUUAUAAGAGAAACAAGUUUGUUAACAGCUUUAUGACCUAAAUCAGUUUCUCUAACUUUGUCAUGCACACGGUAAUGCCUGGCUUGAGUUUGCGUCUUGUGCUGAGCCAAGGCAGCGAAAUGAUCUUUCUGAUGUGGCAUAUGUACAUGCAUUCUGGUCGCAAGCGACCAGUGACAUUCCAUAACUUGAAAUAAAAAACUGCUCAACCUCCGUGGCAGCUGUUGCAGCGAAUUGGCUUCGUACAGUUCUUAGGUGCAUUUCCAUCAGUUUGUAGAGGUCAUCAUACACCCAAACAACUGCAGCACCAUAGACACCGGCGGUUUUCUGAUCACUUACAAGGAUUCUGUAACGAGCAAGGUCUUCUUCUGUGCUUGGGUAAAUCACUGCGGCCUUAAACUCGCUGACUUUCAUGCCUGAAGCAACGCCGCUUCCUCAACUAUUAUCAAUCAGUAGACGAGUUAUGAGACAGUCUCGGACCUCACAGUGGGUCUUGUCAUUGGCAGUUCUUUGAAUAUCACUGCCGUUAUUCGUUUCUUGUGAAGAAGUGGCCAGCUUUUUUAUGGCAUUUAUGCGUUGUUCACCAUGGCACACCUUGUAAAACUGUUUACUUGAAAUGAGCUUGUUAAAAUCCUCGUCGUAUUUUUGCAGUUUCCUCUUUAAAACCUUUUUCUUUUGGGCUGCUGACUGUGAAGUCAUGAGAUCCUGGCGUGCAUUUAAGGUAUACACGCUCACAUCAGACAGUUUAGAUUUUCUUUCUUGGGUUAAGAAUUUAUAGAACAGACAUAAACUCAUGGGAUAAGAUAUCACAGUUUCCGGCUGAUACUUUUCCACAGCAUACGACAGCCCUUUUUUCAAGAGAUUUACCCCUUCUUUUUCCAGACGCACUAGCAGGUACACUGAAGGUUUUGAGUUUUGAGUUUUGAGUUUUGAGCUUCUUUAGUUAACGUUUCCUCCUGUUCUAGACGACGAACAACACUUUGUACCUGGGAUUUGUACUGCUGCACCAUUUUUUCUGAUCUGUACCCUCCAUCCACGUCAAUUAACCAUGCAUAAAAUUCCGUCAGCAGUUCUCCAGUAAACUCAUCAUGGACAUGGUUGUUCUCUGUCUUUACAUCUGCUCCUUCAUCAAUGUCACAAUCGCUUGAGUUCCAAUCUGUGUUGAGCGCAUCAUCAUUAUCACUUUGAUCUCCUCCAACCACACACAACGUAGUUCCUCCUUUACGUAUUUAUUGUACUCUCCCACUUAUCGCACCAGUUCUUCCGCUGACUCAAGUGGUGUUUUAAAAUGUGACCAUGCGAUAACUUGUUUUCUUUAAACUCCUUCACUUCUUGGAGCCAAUCUAAUUCUUUAUCCAAAAGUGAUCCUUUGUCAACAUUACUUUCCCUGAUAAUCUCAACAAAUUCGGUCAAUAGUUCCUCGCAUUUGACGGGAAGAGAAGAGGAGUCGACGUAUGUGUCUGAUUGACUGGAGUCACUUUAAUUAAUCUCUUCUUCGCAUUUGUAGUCAAGAUCCGAGCCAGACUCGUCGCUGUCCGAAAUUUCAAAAACUUCUGGCUGAUUACAACUGACUACAUUCUCCAUGUUAGCACCCUCAAGUCCUCCAUCACUGUUCUCUUGUGAACCAAGAUUCUUCCUUUCCUCGUUGCUGCUUUUACUCUUCUCUUCUUCAUAACUAUUAUUCCAUAAUCGUCUUGUGAGGUUUUCGUAUUCUUCAUCACUGUCAGCAGUGGUUUUCAUCGCAUUAUCUUCUUUUCAGUCUUCCCCUCGAUGCUUCCUGUUGUUGGAUGUUUUCGUCAUUUUGUUUAGUGCUCCUCUUGCAAGUGUUUCAUAAUCUUCUUUAAUUACCUUGGCACUCUCUGUUGGGCUGCAUGGAAUAUUAUUUUUGACUGUUUCAUUGUCUUCAUGGUAUGCAUCAUCGCCCUUGUUGACUUCGCUUCCACUGUUGCUUGUCUCUGAAAUGGUUUCUUGCAGUCUUCUGUGUUUCAGCUUGUCUCCUUUUUCUCUCUACUGCUCUAUCCUGUCGAUGCUUAAUCUUCCAGGCUGCUUUCUUUACUUUUUUAUCAGCCCUUGUGGCUAGUUCAUUUUAAAAUCCUCAUCUUUGAAUUCAUGACUAUCCUCUGGGCUGUAUUUAGACCCCAUUUCCUCGCAUGUUUCGUCAUCUUCAUCUUGCCAAUUAGCCUCCUCGUGACUUUUACUGUGUUUCUCCUGCCUACCGUUUUCCUUCUUUUUAAGUGGGAUUCUAUUUUGUUGAACAAAGCUGGUGGAGCGUGUGAUAGCGCGUUUAAAUAAGCAGGUGUUCCUGGUUUUAGUUUGUGAAUACGUGUUUGCAAAUGUUUGUGGAGUUGAAAUAUCGGUUUCUUCUUACUCUUGCACGACAAAAUUUUAUCCUUUGAUUGGGCAGCUUCCUUUUUCGAGUUACAUAAACAUCCAGUUUUCUUUUCAUCAUUGGCAUUUUAUGCAGAUCGCUUUGAUGGCAGCUUAAGUUUUGAAUCAUACUUCCACAUUUCUUACACUUUUUGGAUUUUCUUUUCGUGCGACUGGACCAACUGGCAGGUACGCUGGACACUGAAGCGCUUUUAUCAUCAGCAGCGGUAGACAGGUCUGCUUGACUUGCCAUUUCCUUCUACUUCAUCUCAAUUAGUACUCUAAGAAAAAAAAACAUACAAAUCUUUUACCACCUGGCAGUCCUCUAUAUUAUGUCCGUGAUUGCAAGACACUUGUUGCAAACAAGAAACUGAAAUACACAAACGUGUGAGCAGCACCUUGCGAACUGUAGCUGCAAAUACUGUUUCACAUGAGAAAACUAGCUGAAAGUCAUCAGGUAGUUAAAAGCUUGUGAAUCUUUUGGACUUGCUGAUAAAAACCCAGCUUAACUUUUUGGUUGUAAGUCAGGUGGCCACUUUAGUUUUCAUAAAUAACGUACCAUGUGUUUCAAUUAAGUCUCAACGGUUUGGUGUUUGACUUUAGGCUUUUGAAUUACAGUCUGUUUUUAGCUUGGAAUCACAGUGGUUUUAAGACAAUGAAAUUGUUAUACCACCCGCGAGGAACAAGCUCGCUAGCAUGUUCUUGUGCUCUUGCGCUGAGGAGAAUGUGCACUUGCUAAGUUUAGCUACUCAUGAUACUAACUUGUACUUAACUUCUUUUCUGAACUGUCGAGCGGUGAGCCUCGUACAAUUCGAUAAGAAGCAUAUAACCCCAAAGCGACUAAAUUCCUCUUAUCUGUUUAGAACCAUGCUGAGAAUUUUUAGCCGUUCAAUCAGAGAGCACGGAAAUUUUUUUGCUUUUCUGGUAUAAGGGAAUUCAAGGCUAAAAACUUUGAGUUGUAAUGCUUGUAUGCCUUUCUUUCUCAAGGAGAAGUCAACAACCGAAAGAAAGGGUUCUGUAGCAUAAAAGAUAUAGUAAUUAUGCUGCUACAAAAUGCAACCUUAGGAAAACAUAAAAAGCCACAAAUCAGUGGUAUGGCUUGAAAAGGAAAACAAGCAUAGGUUAACGCUUUAUCGUUUGUCUGAUGAUGGAGUCACUUUAAGAUGUUGAUUGCGACGUUUCGACUGCUAUUACUGCUAGUCUUCAUCAGGCGAUGAGGUCGAUUGGUUACCUGUCGCUUUUGUAGCACCCUGGUUUGUUGUCAUUGGUUCAUUUUGAUCCUCGUUAUAUAUUAUUUCGUAAAGAUGUUGUUCCCUCUCUGGGCCGAUUUGUUAUCGGACAGUUGAUGUGUUUCUUGAUUGUAGGUAUCCGCCAUCUCUGGUUAUGUAGAUAACCUCAUCAACUGUGCGAGUGUACCAAUGUGGGUCACGAUCAAUAAACUUUACCUAGCUCCAAAUUAGUGUUGAUUUUUGCCAUGUGAUCAACCAAUGUUACUUGCAUGAUCGGAUCCACGAUCCAGUAAGUCUUACGGGAAAUGCUGAUUAGUUAUGGGUUUUCGUAUAAAAUUUUUCAGGAAACAAUUUUUUCUGUCUCUUUUUUUCUGUUUGUUCUUUCAGAACAUAAGUUGAAUACACGAUCGUGAGACAUGGUUAUCAUUACAUACAUCACUUCUGAGAAGAUGUCAAGGAAUUUUAUACAAUUUGUACUUUCGGGUUCAGCUGCUAGUGAAUUUUAUUUGAAAAUAUGUUACAAUUUAUUCUAGAUAGAUAAUGAGUGAUUUUGUAAACAUAUUAUCGGAUGACGUUUUUGUGAUAUCUGGAAUAAUCAAGGUUAAGGUAUCAGCCGAGCUGAAGGCUGAGGCUGAUAACACUUACUGAGACGUUGAUUAUUUAGAAUAUCACAAAAACCGAAUCUAAUAAUUUUUUUAUUAUACAUUGUUUUGAAGAAAAUAACAACAAACACACCGUCGCAUUUAAUCUGAAUUAGUAUUGUUAUUGGAAAUCAUGCAUUGUAUGCGUAACCUACAGGUUAGUCAGUUAUCUGCUAGCAGUUAACUGACUAAUUUGUAGGUUGCACUGAUUUACAAAAUUAGCUGUAGGCUCUUAGCCAGCGAGAAGACAGAUGGUGAGUACAAUGUGUAAUAAAAAAGGUUAUUCGCGCUUAUGGUCAUCCAAGAACCACUAGGUCUUUCGGUGCAUGUCAUGAGUAGUCGACUUUGUCUUGUUCUGAGGAUAUUCCGAUUUUGGUAGAAUUUUAUGCUGUAAAAAAGUAAUAAAUUGCAUUUUGCAGUGCAUCGUUUACAUCACGAUACAGUUUUUCUUAAGCACUCGCACGACAAUCUCGCUUAUCAGUAGUUCCAUAUUACAGAGUAAAAUAAUCUUGAAUGGUUCCCUAAAAGUCGGUGGUAUUGGGAUUGAGUUAUAUGCUUCAUGUUAUGUGCUUCUGGUUUGAUGUAACAUAUCCUACUCAUGAUACUAGCUUGCGGGCACUUAACGUCUUUAUGGAACUGGUGUAGUGCGUGCCUCAUACAGUUCCAUGUGACAUAUCCUACUUGUGAUACUAGCUUGCACUUAACGUCUUUUUCGAAGUGGCCAGCGGCGCACGUCAUACAGUUCCACGUAACAUGUCCUACUGGUGAUACUAGCUUGCGCGCACUUAACGUCUUUAUCAAACUGGCGGACUGCGCGCCUCAUACAGUUCCAGGCAACAUAUCCUACUCGUGAUACUAGUUUGCACUUAACGUCUUUUUCGAACUGGCGGACUGUGCGCCUCUUACAGUUCCAUGUAAUAUAUCCUACUCAUGAUACUAGCCUGCACUUAAGGUCUUUUUGGAACUAACGGGUGAUGCGCCUCAUACAGUUCCGUGUAACAUAUCCUUUUUGUGAUAUUUAGUUUAGCUGGGAUAAAGAUUGGUGUCUGAAUCAGUUCAUCCGGCCUUAACUAAUUUAGGCCAGACUACAACGGUUUUUGCGUUUUAUUUCCGCGAUCCGCGAAAAAAAGUUUCCGCAAAAAAAAUAAUAAUAAUGUUAAUAAAUACUACUACUACUACUACUACUACUACUACUACUACUGCUACUGCUACUGCUACUGCUACUGCUACUGCUACUGCUACUGCUACUGCUACUGCUACUGCUACUGCUACUGCUACUGCUACUGCUACUGCUACUACUACUACUACUACUUCUACUACCAUUACUACUAAAAACAAUGUGCUAAGAAAAUUAAAGCAAUGUUGUCAGUCCAUUUGAAACUGAGCGUGAUAUUUUAGAAAAGGGCCAAAAUGAGAAACCCAUGGACUCUGUCUUAAUUGCAAAAAAUAAGUUUCCCAAAAAACAAAAAUUGUCAAUCCGCAAAAAUAAACUCCUGUUAGUAUUUUGUGUCAUUCAGCAAAAAUUUUUCCCAGAGACAGGCGAUCAGAACAGAACACUUAUAAGCCACAGUGUCAUUUUGAUUUACAUGUAAUUUCAAAUUCUCUUAAUUAAUUAAUGAGAGAGUGUGUGGCUUUGAAUGGGGAAUCACUAAGGAGUUCUUCAGAGUUACGGAGUUAAUUUGUUAGCUUAGAGAAUAUUGAAUAAACUUACUGCCAGUUUCUUCAUAGUUUCAAGAAAUUUCGCCAAACAAAAUGCAAAAGAGAAAAUCAAGUGUUCCGAAAACUACUUGUUAGGGUUUUUGUUUCAACACAUGCAUAAUAAAACAAUAAAUGUCAGAGACAUAAAAGAUACAAUAACAUUAAAGAAAAUCAGCUGGGAAAUGUUUAUUCGAUUGUUUAUUGUUUUUAAAUGGCUUUUCAGUGCGUGCGUUUUGCAAGUUAAAAGCACACAACAACAACGGAGUUUGUUUACCGAAAAAGCUUAUGAAAUAAAAGCACUUGACCAGUGAAUUCCAUGUUAAAUUUGAAAAGCACUUUCAUCCUCCUCGCUUCAUAAUUUGUGCGAAAUCAGAUUUUUCACAUUUUCUCUUGUAUUAAAGUACUAAUGGUUUUUCCUAUAGAAUCCAAACUGUGGGUUGAAGAAAUUAUUAUAAUAAUUUAUCAUAAUAGCAUGAUUAGAUUGACUGGAAGUAUUCAUCAAAGGAGAACCUAAAUUGAACAAGGAGGGAUGUAUCAAGCUGGUUUUCGUUUGUCCCUACUAUGCUCUUUUUCAUACCAAUAAACCGUGUAAAGUUGGUCGGUUGUUUACUGCUGUGAGCAUCUUUGUUGUGUUAGAUGGAUCAGCACGUCCUCCUCGUCUGAUUGAGCAAGUUUUAAACUAGAUUUUCCCCUUUGUAGCUAAUUUGAUUAUUUUCCUGCCUUACUGGCCUGGUUAGAAAAGUUACAAUUCAGUCUUUUCGCCUUUGUGAGCAAUUUACUGCCUUUUUUGCCUUAAUUGUUGAAAUAAUUCUGAUGUAAAAGUAGCGCUGUGAGACCUGAAAGAAUAAUAUUUUCUUGCUAUCGAUCCCUCGCUAAAACAAUCACUAACCCUAUGAAUAAUUCCUAGAAUGGUAAUAUCCACACCUGACAUUUUACUAUUGUAAGCAACUUACCGUUAAACUUCUCUUCUCGGGUUACUUCUCUAACAUUAAAGAACAGCUUUCAGUUAUGAUGAAAACAAGUUUUUAACCUAAUUGCAGCUGACUUACAGGCCCAAAAAAAGUUGUAAAAGUGUUUGUCAAUAUAGAAAUAGUUCUAGACUGUUAAAAACUUUGCUGAGGUUUCAAGCUUGAUCUUAACACUGCUUUGACAAGGGUGUCAUUUUAGUGUCAAUCAAGCUUCACUUGUAAUUUAUUCCUGCAUUGACACUGGAGUGAUUCUCUUAAGACAAGGCUCUCACCUCUCGAGACGAGACACUCAUCUUGCAAGGAACACGACGAUACUGGUAACUUACUUUUUAGCGGCAUUGUAUGAACCAAAAUGACCACUUAUUAACUUUUAUAAAUGUAUGUAGUUUAGUUUUUUACACUCUCAUAAAGAUACAUCAUGCCAUCAGACCACUGAGGAAUGAGCAGCAAAAGCUUUUGCUAAGUAUUACUUGUACAUGUAUAUAUUUAAGAUGUUUUGUCAAAAAUGUUUUUGCAUCUCUAGGUGAUUACGGGAAGCUGGGCCAUGGAAACAGUCAAACACAUAAGACUCCAAAACUGAUUGAAGGGAGCUUAUCUGGCAAGGUAAAUAGGAAUGUCUAAGCUGUACUAGUGUUGGAUUCUUUAGAAAUAAAUAUAAUUGUUGAUACUGGUGAAUAAUAGUGACGCAAAGUAAUACUGUUGGCGAGUGGGGGUAACUACUUGUUGAAGUAGGUGUUUCAUGUACAAUAUUAAGUAUUAAGAUCAGUAAACUGCUUUAUAAGCAAUGCUUGGUGUAGAAUCAGCUUGAACAGUCUCAGGUUCAUUCUACUGCGUGAAAUUCAAGUGUGUCAAGCUUUUAAUGAUUCAAACUGAGUUCGUUGUGUUGCAAAAGGGACAAUUUCCUCCGAUCUCCUUGAAAAAAACAACAGUAGCAGCAACAAGGCAAAAACAUUUUGGCCUAAUAGCACGAGUUACAAAAUGAAAUGAUUUAUUGGAGGAAAGAUCGGUGACGGUGAUAACAAUAAUAUUAAUGAUGAUCAUAAUAAUGCUUAUAUAGUAGUUAUUUUGACAGACCCAAACACCCUUAUAAUAAUUUGAUUAAGCUCAACAAUUUCUUAUUAACAAAUUCUAAAAGAUACAAAUGUGUACAGGAUGUUGUGUGACCAGGUGCAGGUACUAAAAUUUUUCUCUUUGAGUGGAAUCAAUCAAAGAAAGUCAACCAAUUCAACCCCAUUACUACAAAUUAUGGUGCAUAAAACUUUUGUCGACAACAAUCUAUGUACAUGUACAUGAAGUAAGAGGACAUUGAAUUACUCUUGUGGCACAUGCUCAACCCUGUUACCAUGAGAAUAAUGAUAACAAUUUAGUUUUAUGGAAAGUAAUGUUUUUUUAAAAUGUGUGUUAAGGUUGUGAGUAUGAUCAUGGCAGGAUAUCGGCAUAGUGCUGCUGUUACAGAAGAUGGGGAUCUCUACACAUGGGGUGAAGGAGACUAUGGAAGACUAGGUACACAGUAUUUAAUACAUCAAUGUUUCCUGUUGCCACUUUUGGGGUUUAAAUUUCAUUAAGAUUUAUUUUAUAAUUAGUUCCCUUAAAACACCGAGCACUGAUUGUUUAUAACAAUAUCAACGGUGAUUGAUGUUAUUAAGGAAGAAGACUUGACUUUGAAAAGUUCAUUUUAAAAGUUAAUCAAAUUUACAAGUAUUUAAAGGCACUUAGGAAGGAUUGUCACUGCCAUUUUAAACUAAGUUGCUCGUUAGAUAAUUGAGAUUUGAGAUGGCAGUUUUCACACCUCAAGUAUCAAUCAACACACUUGGGUUGCAAGUUGAUGUUUAUGUUUCUCGAGAAAUUCUGACAAUUUUGGUAAGAAAUUAGUUAUACAGUUUUUUUUAUAACAUGCAAGUAAUGUACAUACUUGGCAGACUUCUCACCUGCUGCCAAUGUUCAUUUCAAGCAGAUAACAGAUUGACCGAUACUCAUGCGAAAAACAAUAUGGCCAUAAGAAGAAUAUUGGUCCAAAAAAUUAAAAUACAGGUUUAUUGGGUUAUCAAGUGAUGCAUCUGUGCCUACAGCAGAUCCAAUAAAGGAAAGUAGGGUGUAUCUAUGUGUACUGUAGCUUUUAAAUUGUUUGUUUUCCCGUGAAGGUUGUGGUGAUAACAACAGUAGGAAUGUCCCCACUUUGGUCAAAGAUGUUAGCAAUGUAGGUCAAGUUGCAUGUGGUAGUGCACAUACACUUUGUGUCUCUAAAGAUGGACGGACAACAUGGUCCUUUGGAAGUGGAGACAAUGGUAAGAAUAGCGUUGGAAAUUAACUGCCACAAACUACUCUUUUGCUUAAAAAUUAAAUAUUUAAGUAUGUGUUUUGCUUUUGCUCCAGCUUAUUUAGAAAUUUUCCAAGUUUAAAGGGUGGAAAAGCGCUGUAGCACUAUUUGUAAAGAAACAAAAACUGAAUCACAUGUUGAGCGUCUAAACCGAUACUCUAAAUUGUAAUUCGUGCCCAGGUUCCAUUCAAUAAGAGAGAACCUCAUUUCUUGCCUGUUUUGCAAGCUCAGCCGGCAAGAAAAACAUUUCCCACACGCUGAAUGCCAUCUGUCUGCCACAUGACAAUGCAACAGCACUUUAAUCGCAAAAUGAAAGAGUAAAGAACCUAGGUAGAUUUCCCGAAAAAGGAGAACGUGCACUCAGAUGCAAGUCUACACAGAUCAGUUGUACACGUUGAAUAUCAAACUGUGGGAAAGACUGAAAUAAGCCCAACGAUUGAAGCAUCUCAACAAUGUUUGGAGAGAGAAGACUAAUUUUUCGGAAUCUGACGAAACUGUCCUCCCUACAUAUGGAGAGCUGUAGAAACUUGGAGAAGAGCUUGGUCAGUUUCCUUAAUGUACAUGUUUUUAGCUGUCUGUGAACGCCAGCGGCUGUGACGCAUUAGGAGCCUGUCUGGGAUGGCCACGGCUGCUGCAGUAGAUUGCCCCCUGACCUACGACUGUGAAGGCCAUAGUGGUUAGGGUCAAGGCUGAUGACUUUGAGUUGGUCUUUGAACUACCUGGUCGCUCUUAAGUAGGUCAGCUGUUUUUGAUGGAAGGAAUAGCCAUGUUUAGCAUGACAAAUCUUCCUAAAGAGGUAGUCCGAUCCUUGUGCUGACUAAUUAGUGGGAACCUUUCAGUGAGGGAUACAGGACAAGUACGAGAGCCUGUACAGGCCACCAGAAUUACAGGGAACCCUCUCUGAAUUGGUCGCUUUUCCUUUUGGGUAGUGUAAUGGACAUAUGGCUACUAGUUAUUAUUUUGUAACAGAAUCUCAGAUAUUUAAGGCCGUCCCAACGAAGAAAUGAUCUGAAACCGAGGGCAAUAAGACAUGCUAUCUAAAGCUCACUGGGUUUCCCCAGCCAAAGCGGAGCUCUAAUUCUCUGACUUGGCCUGCUGAGAGGGGAGUGUCUCGGUCCUUUGGACAGGUCCCCAGGAUAUGUUUGCAUGCUUCACAGAGUUGCUUCACCAAUGUGUGUUGUAAUGGUGAAGGUAAGCAGGCCUUUCGAAGGGCCUAG